GUGCGUGGGAAGGGAGCGUCCAUGGUUGGGAGAGGAGACUGGCCGUGACACGCCCUCAGUCGCGAUCUGUCACCACCCAUACCGCCGUGACGGACGCCAUCCUGGUCGAGUACGCGAUGCCCGUCCGCAUCCUCUCCAUCGCCAAUGCCGACGACGAGCGCAAGCGCAUCGUCUUCAAGGGCAAGUCCGCCCUCUUCUGGCCCCAUCUACCCCCAGAGGUCGUGCGCCUCAUCGCCACAUUCCAUCUGCUCAAUGUCGCGCCCGAGGCACAAGGCCCCGAGACAUGGCAGCACCCACAGCUGUGGCCUUCUCGUUUUGUAUGGUCACUGAUCCGCGACACCUACGAGGUGGAAAAGCUCAUGCGCGUAUAUCCGUCGUGGGGCGUAGCUCUUGAAUAUCAUCCCUUCUGGCGACAAGCAUGCGUCAUGAUCGACCCGCAGGACUUGCUCAUCCACCACGCUGUCAUCCACCCAACGUCAAAAGGCGGCUCCGCCAACGCAAAGCCUAUCAGGCUUUCCCCAUUUCAACACUUCCGCAACAUCUUCAAUUGUUCUUGCAUCGUCUGCCGCAUCAACUACCCGUUCUCGCCAAAUGGGCUCGCCGUCGCGAAGCGUGCGAUUACCAAUCCUUGGCUAGGGCAGCUCAUGACAUGCAAGGAUCAUCGAAAAUCAACCUUCUGUGGCGUGUGCCUCCGCGAGGCACCCACUAUGGAAGGCGAGACCGAAUAUACGCAGGGCCUGUCGGUCUGCGCUGUGGAGAACGAGGACGACCAGACGUGGCCUGGCGUCGAGACGACAUGCCGUACGUGCCGGAAGCAGUGGAUCUGGCUUGCGGCGAAGCACGACCCGUUGGAUCGUGAGGCUGUUGGCGGCAGUGCGCAGCUCGCAACGGACGACUGGGAGGUGCGCCAGGCGAUCGAGGCGUUCGUGGACCUUGGCGAGGGCAUGAUCAAGGACGUGCUGGAGCUCGCGAAGGAGAAACACUGGUAUAAGGUGAACACGAAGCUGGCCGACAUGCUCUCACAAGCGCUCGCAGCGUCGAGGUACGCCGGGCGCGCGGAGGGUGCGGAUGGUUACGCAAGCGAAGACGAGCUGAGCGAGGAGGAGGAGGACGCGGAGCUGGUGAGCAUCACGGAGGACGCGGCGGGCAUCCGCGAGCUCGCGAUGACGGACUUCGCGCGGAACCGCAUCCUGGACGGUCACUGGGUGAACCCCACGGACGAGUUCAACAUGCGCUGGGUGAGCAUCUCGGCGAAUACGCCUCGUGCCCGGCACCCGUGCCCCUGGAAUCCGGGCUCAGUGUUCGACGGUGCGCUGGAAGAAGGGGAGGCGGGCGUGGACGCGGACGGCGGGGAGCUUGCGCACCCGCGGCCGAAGACGAUUACGGCGCUGCGCCCGCCGACCUAUAACAUCUCGAGCAUGGCGUAUCAGGCGUACGUGAAGCAAUUCCGGGACAUCGUCUUCCCCGCGAUGCAAAAUGUCGUGCGGCGGCUCGCCGCGGAAUGUGAAGCUGACGGGAAGGACGCGGUGGAGAUUGCGCGGUCGAUGUCGAUGGACGACGUUGCGGCGGCGCUCAGGGAGGAAGCGGUAUGGCGCACGGGUGUAGACUGGCUUGGUUGGCGCGCCAACCAACAAGAGCGCGAGCGCAGGCGACGGAGGGACAAGGACGACGAUGCGGAGUCGACGUCGUCGCGGUCGAGCGGGAGCCAUGUGACAAGCCCAGGGCUCUCGACGACGACGCUGCAGACGACACCGUCCCCCCCGCCUAGCAGCGUGAAGGACGACGAGGCGAUGUCAUCGUCACCCGUGUCAGCGCUCCCGCCUCCCCUGGAAUCGAGCCCGAUCCACGAGUCCCCCAAGCUUAUGCACCCGAUUCCGUAUAUUCCCUUGAAGGUGUCGCACCUCCCUGAGUAUAGCCUUGGCACAUUCCGAUCGGCGUGGAUGAGUGCUUGCGCCCCGCUGUACCAAUGUUACUGCUCCAUCUGCCAAAGACGCAUCAUGCAAAUGAACGCGGCGAACAGUGCCGCCGCAGCCCAGGACCAGGCCCCAGCCAAGGAUCUUGCACCGCCUACACCGAUACCACAGGUCCAAGUGGAGAUCGUGCGCGCAGAGGAAGAAGAGUCAGAAGACGACGACGAUGACGAAGAGGAGGAGGAUGGCGAGUCAGAGCUCGAGAUGUCGGAAUAUGAGGUCGUCCUUGGCGGUGUAACCCCUCGCAAGCGUCCCUCGCAAGACCUCGACGUCGAGGCGUACUCAGACGCGAAGACGGAUGCUGGCUUGAGAGGCGGCUCGCCGCCGAAGCGUGCACGGACAGACGGAUCGUACUCACCAUCGAUGGUACCGAUGUCACCCUCACCAGGUCGAUUACGCAAGCGGCCGUCGGAAGAGCUCGAGGAGGACGAAGCAUCGCAGGGCAACGGUGAGCACAAGAGGUCGCGGACGGGGUCGCACCCGCGGAGUAUGAGUGCGAGUGCAGAGGUGGUCGCGUAGAGGCCCCUGCUGCGUUAUCCGAUCGCUCGUGCGCGCUGCGAUGAAAGGUUGCGAGGCGGACCUUGACUGCAAGCACCCUGCCGCGUGGGUCCCGCACGGUGUCCUGGGUUGUUCGGGCUCGCAGGCUAGCUGGAGGUGGUACCGUGUUGUUCCCCGGCGUGUUCGGCUG